UAAAUAAAAUUUGAAUUGUUCUAAACAAAUCAACUUGGUCAUGAUGUGUGAUUGAAUUAUUUUGGUGCUCAACAAUGUGAAAUUAUUAGUAAAUAUUUUAAUAUAAACGACAUACAAUCAAAAAAUGGCAGAUGAAAAUACAGAUAUGGGUAUAUUGGAACCCUCUAAUGUGCAACUGUCAAGACAACCCAGCCCAGGAUCUCAGCGAGAGGUGCCUCCAACUACAGAUAAUUUCGAAACUAGUGGAACCAUUAAAGCCGAUAUUCAACCGUUACCGUCACCUCCACGUUCUGUUAAAAGUUACCAGUCACCAAUUGCUAUUGAAAAACAACAUUCUUCCCAAAUUCCAACUACUCCAAACGUUUCUUCGCCACCUAGAAGCCUAGGUUCUGUGGGAAAACCUUCGUUAAAUUUAUCCAUAAAAAGUGAUAAAAAUAAGGCAUCUAAAAUUGAAUUGAAAAAAACAUUAAGUCCAAGUACAAAAAGUUUCAGUUCUGGAAGAGGUAAAGAAGAUAUCAUACAAACGAUAAUCGAUCUCGAGCCCCAAGGAAAAGACAUAAGUGAUCAUGUAGAAGAAUUAACUGAAUCAAUCAAAGAACUCACCAAGAAUAUAGAACAACCCAACUCGCCUAAUUUGAACAAUAACAUCGAUAAAAUAGCAACCAUGAGUAAAAUGUUAACCAACGAAGCUAACGCAUUAAGGGAAUCAAUAAAAAGUUUAUCGAAUGACAUAAGUCGAACUAAAAAAGAAUUUCUCACAGCGAAAGACGAAGAUGUAAAUUUUCCAUAUCAUCUAUUUCUAAUCGAAUUAAUAAUAAACAAAAUACACAUGAAAUGCGAAUGCUUCGAAUUUGAUUACAACAAUUUAGUUAUAACGGCUAAUUUUUUGGGAAAACAACCUAUAGUUUUAUACGAUUCCUCGUAUGGAAAAGUGGAUGAUUUCGCUCACCUAAAUGUCGGUAAAUCGGCCUUGUUCGCAAUGACAUAUGAUAAAAUAUGCAAUAUCAAAGAGUUUGUUAUAAAGCUAAAAAUAGUGAAGCACCCGCCAUGUUCGAAUUGCGUUACUAAAGUUGGUGAAACUCGAGCUGAUUAUACGAAGGAUUUUGUUGCACUUCGCGAGGAACUGUGCAAGAAAUGGGCGAACGAACAGCCGACUGACAACAUUAUCUGUACGACUUCAACACCUAUGAGCAAGAAUAUAUUUUACGUUUGGUGUGGUGAAACGGAAAAGAGCGAUUCUAUAGGUGUCAUCGAGAUUUCAGCCCGAAUGUCUUUUCUUGGCAAAGAGAUUACAACCGCGUUCAUAGCUUCACCCAAACAACAGGGCACAUCGGUCCUGCAGAAAGACGACAAUGGCAUGACAAUGUACUCUUGUCAAAACGUCGAGUUAGAUGGACAAGGCAAGGUACUGUUGGAUGAAGAUUCUCUCACCAGGAAGGAGAUCCCUCGCAGCGCUCACACGGUGUACAGUAAGAGAGCAGAUAGUCCUGUUUCGCAGUUUUCGAGCGCAUCCUCCAAACCGUCAACGAAACAUUAUUAUGGAUACAGACAUCAAGCAGGAAUACCGAAAUAUGACGAAAUAUUUACUAAAAUGAAUGCAAACGAAUUAAAAAUCAGAGUGCCCAAAACAACGAGAGUAGAAAGAAUGGGGAAAUACGACAAAAUACAGGAAAUAUGCUCAUGUGAAGAUACUCCUUAUAAUACGGGGGAACAAAUACAAUUUGACUUGCCCAGAGAUUUGUGUUACCCAACCAAAUCCAAUAACUAUUCUACUAAUCUAAAAUAUACUUUCGGCGGCAAAGAAAGAAGCUGUGAUGCGAGAGAUCGAAAGAUAAUAAAUGUAACUCCAUCCAAUUGCCCUGUUCCUGUCAAUAUGGAGAAAAUGGAUCAUCCGCAAAAGGAUGUAUUCAUAUUAAAAAUUGGCAAGAAACUUGAAACAAAGGAUAAAAAGACAGAUCUUGAAAUAGAACUGGUGACUCCGAAAGCCCCCUUUCCUGUCGAAGCUAAUAACAACAUCUCUCAGCAAUGCAGUUCUAACGAAAUAAAGAAGAAACCUACCGAUUCAAUUAAUAAGGAAAAAGAUAAACAUAAGAAAAAGACCGGUUUGGGCGAAUUUAGGAUACGCGAUUUGAAUGAUGAAAUAAACAAGUUGAUGCGCGAGAAGCGUCACUGGGAGGUGCAGAUCAAAUCGCUGGGCGGGCCGGACCACGCGCGGGUCGGUCCGCGCAUGCUCGACCAGGAUGGCAAAGAAGUACCUGGCAACAGAGGCUAUAAGUACUUCGGAGCCGCUAAAGACCUACCAGGUGUGCGCGAGCUAUUCGAGCAGGAGCCGCCCCCGCCGGCGCGACGCACGCGCGCAGACCUCAUGCGCGACGUCGACGCUGACUACUACGGAUACCGCGACGACGACGACGGUCUGCUGCUGCCGCUAGAGAAGGAAGCCGAAAGACAUGCGAUAGCUCGAGCAGUGGAAGAGUGGAAACGGAAUAAAGAACAGAACAAGGAGCAAGAUUUACCUGAAGAGGAGAAUAUCUAUCCAGAAGAUCCUGAUGACAAGAGGAUAGAAGAUGACGAGGAGAUGCCAGAGAAAUCCUCCGCCCCCACGCUGAUCGCGGUGCCCUCGCAGAAGGACGUAGAGGAAGCGCUGCUCAGACGGAAAAAGCAGGAACUUCUAGAACGAUACGGCUGUCUGGAUGUUAAGUUAGAAAAUAGCUGAUAUAUCUAAUAAAUAAUAAAUUUA